GACAAAAUGUGCCAUCUAAGCAUUUUAAUGCGUGAACAGCUCUAUCACUUUUCAAUUACUGACUCAACAUGGACGAUCCACAAAGGAGCACCAUCGGCGACAGUCUGAUCCGAGAGUACUCCAGUGAAACGUUCUGCCGGUUGUGUUUCUCACAAAUCCACGAACUGCAUCGCGUAUUUCCCCCGAACGGGCAGCCAAAUAAGCUGCUAGUGCGAAAGAUUCAAUACUGUACCAACAUCGAUAUCACGUUCGGGAAGGAUAGCAACGCGUGUGUCUGUACCAAAUGUAUCGCACUGGUGGAAGAAUUCUUUCGCUUCAAGCAAUUAUGCAGCUCCAAUGAGCAGUGGCUGGAAAUAUACGACGGGGGACAUCAUGUGGCGUCAGGGCGUAGAUCGUCAUCGGUGGCCCUUUGCCGGACACCUCCGAAUCCCUCCUUGAUGGAAAGUUUGAACACUAAUGAUUCGCUGAUUACCAUCGAUUUGGAGAAUGUGGCCAGCGCUGAGUUGCUUAACAAUGAUACCCUGCAGACCAAUUCUACAAUGGACGAAACUGCACUAAAAUUAGAGGACUCUGUCGAAGAAACAAGGAUAACUAACAAUGACGUUAACGAGGUUACGAGCAGUGGUCGUUGCAUGCGGGCUCGGAAACCGACUACAAGAAUCAUUCAAGAAGUCCCACUCAAUUCCAUGGCUAAAAUCCCCAUCAAAAUUGAAAGUGAUCUGGAUGCCACAUCUGCAUCGGAGACCAGCGAGUGCCGCGAGUUUUCUCCGGUUAUCGAAGGCGGCGCCAACGGAUCCCGUGGAUUCACCUUGGUUCGGGGCUCCAAGUCCCGCAGUAACCGACUCUAUCUGGUGUAUCAAACCUAUCGGUAUAGCAACCGCAACAACGACGGGAAAAUAUGGCACUGCACUCGCCGAGGGAACAUCUGUUGCAAAGCGGUGGUAAUGCUCGAGAAAGAUCGGAUCAUUGAAUUGAACAAUCACCACCACAAUCAUCCACCGCCGUUUAUGCCACAGAGAAAAAAGAUCACUAACGACGCACCGAGUACUAAUUCGAAAAACAACGUAAAAAUUUCGUUGGUUUUGAAAAAAGAGAACGAAUCGCGACUUCGUCGAUCGAACACCAGGUUUGGCAAUCAGACUGCGAAGACAAGCGAAGGAAACAAAUGGUUCAUCAAAGCUAAUCGAAAAACGGUCGACGGAUUUACGUACACUUUCUGUGGUCUGAGAAAGGAUGGCAUCAUUCGCCUGAAGUGCAUCUCGAAAGGUUGCGCCGGUCGUAUCUACAUGUACAGCAAUGGGGAUCUGUUCAGCACCAACAAGGAGCAUAACCAUGCGCCGCAUAAUUCUGAUUAAAAGAAAAACAGUGUAAUCCAGUUAUUUUUUAUCUUUAUCCACGAGAUUUUCAGUCCAAGGCUGGCUUAUCUCGUUAUUCCAGUUAUAUAAAUUUAUCAAUAAAAAUAGA